CACAAACAAGACCAUGACAACUUCUUCACUUAGAAAACAUCAUGGAAAAGUUUCCCAAGAUUCUGAACCGGAAGAGGAAGAGGAUCUGUUUGAGAUUGAUCUUGAGGCUGUGAACUGCGUUUCGCCACCUCGUUUCUGGGAAAGUUGCUGCUACACUUCCACCGAGAACGUUGCACUUUUGGCCAAUUGUUUGCUGCCAAAAUCUGAUGUCUCAAGUGCUGUUCCAGCGGUGUGUUCUUCUGCAGGGAACACCAAUGUUGUGUUGAUUGCAGAGCCCACAUCGUUGGGGGAGUAUCUUAGGCUACCGUUCUUGGGGAUUAUACACCAGAAAAUGGAACCCAAGUUUCAUUUCCAGUUUCAGCGUUAGUUGGUGACUUGUAAUAUCUGAUUACAAGUUUUUAUAUUUAAUUACACACAUUUUGUUUAAAGGAGAGGAAAAUAUCUAAUUACCUGUUUUUUUCAAUACUUUUUCUUCCUUAAUUUUCCCAAAGAGAAACUACUGUUUGUGCAAAAAAAGGUUGUUUCUACAAAUGUUGUAUCAGACAUAGUAUUUGUUUCCUUCUGUAAUAAUCUAUAGUUUCUUUGUCUGUGGUUGGAUUUAACAUCACAAUUAAACUUGAACAUCUAAAUAUAGUUUUGAAUAUGUAUUAUGGGUAUGGACUCCAACCUGCCCCCAACUUAGAAGGAGAAAAUAAGAAUAACUGGAUUUGGGUUUUUAUCUUCUUAAA